AAUCGAUGAAGGCGAUGCAAGCUGUGACACACUAACACUCUACUUGUACUAGGUAGAUCGCUAGAACAAUGGCGUCCGGUGGCGAGGAGAAGAAGAGCAGGAUCCUGGUGGUGGGCGGCACGGGGUACAUCGGCCGGCACGUCGUCUUGGCCAGCGCGCGGCUGGGUCAUCCCACCACCGCCCUCGUCAGGGACCUCUCCCCCUCCGACCCCGCCAAGUCGCAGCUUCUCCAGAGCUUCCGCGACGCCGGCGUCACCCUCCUCCACGGCGACCUCUACGACCACGCCAGCCUGCUCAGCGCCGUCCGCGACGCCGACGUCGUCAUCUCCACGCUGGGCGCGCUGCAGAUCGCCGACCAGACCAAGCUCAUCGCCGCCAUCAAGGAGGGCGGCGGUGGCAACGUGCGGAGGUUCCUGCCGUCGGAGUUCGGGCUGGACCCGGACCACACGGGCGCGGUGGAGCCGGCCAGGUCCAUCUUCACCGGGAAGGCCGCCGUGCGGCGCGCCGUGGAGGCGGCGGGAGUGCCGUACACGUACGUGGUGUCCAACUACUUCGCCGGCUACGCGCUGCCGACGAUCGGGCAGAACCUGCCGCCGGCGCGGCCGGUGGAUAGCGUGGUGAUCCUCGGGGACGGAGCCACCAAGGUGGUGUUCGUGGAGGAGGGGGACAUCGGGACGUACACGGUGCUGGCGGCGGUGGAUCCGCGGGCGGAGAACAAGACGGUGAACAUACGGCCGGCGAAGAACGCGGUGUCGCACGAGGAGCUGGUGGCGCUGUGGGAGAAGAAGACGGGGAAGAAGCUGGAGAGGGUGUACGUGCCCGAGGACGCCGUGCUCAAGCAAAUCCAGGAGUCGGAGAUCCCGUUGAACAUCGUGCUGUCGAUCGCGCACGCAGGGUACAUAAGGGGGGAGACGACGACGCCGUUGGAUCCAGCCACCGCCGUUGAGGCCACCCAGCUCUUCCCGGACGUCCAGUACACCACCGUCGAUGACUACCUCAACAGGCUCCUCUGAAAUACAUCGAUACAUCCAUCAUCUUUUAUGUGCCAAUAAAAUAAUUAAGUCUCUUCCUUAGUAAUGUACAUGUUCCUGCAAAUUUCACACCGUCGGUGAGAGUGAGUGUCUUGGUUUAAUCUGUCAUGGAUCACUGUGCUCAGUUCAGCUCUUCUUCAGGGCUUGAUUUGCAUGUUAAUGAAUUUAUUUGCUUAAACAUUAUUAGUAUGAUAUGGAGAAACAA